CUCGAGCACUUCGGAUUCGAGCAGCUCGGUACACGUUAGACAACGGAACUUUGUUCAAAAGGGGAUAUUCCGUUCCGCUUUUGAAAUGCGUAAGUGAAACUGAUUCACGGUACAUUCUUGAAGAAGUCCACGAAGGGAUUUGCGGAAGUCACCCCGGUGCACAAGCAUUAUCUUAUAAAAUCCUGCGACAGGGUUACUACUGGCCGACCCUGAAGACCGACGCCGCCACAUGGGUGCGCAAAUGCCCGAAAUGCAAAAUGUUUGCACCGAAUGUUCAUCAGUCUCCCGAAGAACUCAAAUCGAUUUACAGUCU